GAGACGCUCUAAUCGCACAACCGACCGACUGACGACCGGCAGCGGAAUGCUAAAAAUAACCUUCAACGCGCUUCGUUCGCGACCUAAUGGAGCGCCAGUUUGGGGCCAGUUUCGUUCGCGUAGCACCCAGGCACAACCAGCAUCCGUUGCAGCGGAACAGAUUGCACGGGAUCCAGAGUGGGAUAGUGCCCGUCCGUACGAUGACAUUCCGUCGCCGACGCUGCUCGGUUUCCUUAAAGAGUUUGGACCAUUCGGUAAAUACAAGGAUGCGACGCUUUACGAUAUCAACUGCAGGAUGCGAGAGCUGUACGGUCCGAUCAUGCGCAUGAAGGGCGCGUUCGGUCGCGAGGAUAUCGUGCUGUCGUUCAAUCCGGAAGACUUUGAGAAGGUUUUCCGCACGGAAGGUGUCUGGCCACGGCGCACCGGUAUGGAUGCGUUCGUCUACUACCGAAAGCAGCAGCGUCCGGAGUACUUCAAAGGCUACGGUGGUCUGUUGGCAGAGCAGGGCGAAGCAUGGCACAAGAUGCGCACAAUCGUUAAUCCCAUCAUGAUGCAGCCGAAAAUCAUCAAACUGUACAUCGACAAGGUGGACGAAGUGGCCCGGGAGUUCAUUGGCAUUGUCGAUGGAUUGCGAGAUGACAAGCAGGAGCUGCCGGCCGACUUUAACGAGUGGCUCAACCGUUGGGCCCUGGAAACAAUGGGAGUUCUUGUGCUGGACACCCGGCUCGGAGUGCUGAACAGGGAGCAAACGCCCGAAGUUAAAAAGUUGGUUCAACUCACCAAAGAUGCAAUGAGCCUGUUCUUUCACCUGGACAUUAUGCCGUCGAUGUGGAGAAAGAUCAAAACUCCUGGUUUCUACCGGCUGAUGCGCACGCUGGACGAACUGUAUCACAUGGUCGCGUCCAAGAUCGAUGAAGCCGUGGUGCGGAUGGAGAAGAAUCCCUGUGCCAGCUCGGACACCUUAAGCAUCCUGGAGAAGCUGCUGAAGGUGGAUCGUAAUGCCGCAUUCACAAUGUCACUCGAUAGCCUGUUUGCCGGGGUUGACACGACUUCAUCAGGUUCGACUGGCAUCCUGUACUGUUUAGCUCACAAUCCGGAGAAGCAGGAUAAGCUGCGGGAAGAGCUGCGCAAGAUUCUACCCGACAAAAACUCCCAUUUGACAUCGGAAAACAUGAAAAAUAUGCCGUAUCUACGGGCGUGCAUCAAGGAAGGACUUCGGAUGUAUCCUCCAACCACCGGUAAUGGUCGCUGCGUCGGCAAAGAUCUCGUCAUUCAAGGAUAUCGCAUACCGAAGGGAACCAUGGUAGCGAUGGGCCAGUUGGUUCUGCAGCGCCAGGAAGGACAAUUCACCCGACCAUCGGAGUACCUGCCGGAACGGUGGCUCACUGGGCCGGAGGCCGCUGGUUGUCCGAGCGCCAAGGAAGCGCACCCGUUCGUGUAUAUGCCGUUUGGGUUCGGUGCCCGUACCUGCAUCGGACGCCGGUUGGCUAUGAUGGAACUGGAGAUACUGGUGUCUCGUCUCAUCCGUCAGUACCACAUCCGGUGGAACUAUGGCGAGAUCAAGUAUAGGGCCAGCGUUGUAAAUGUGCCUUCAACGGACUUGAAGUUUGAGUUGCGAGAUAGAUAUGCCAUCGUGACACCUGUAGGCACCCUAAUCUGUGGUCAGUUUUGCGGUGAAGGUGACGUUAAUCAAUCUGUUUUCGCCGUACAAACCGGUUUACCACUUUCUACAAACGUGUACUGUUUUGUAAAAGAAAUUAUGCUGUGCUCGAGUAGCAUCCUCUUGCGCCGAAGCAUCGCUUCCAGCUCUCAGCUGUGGCGCAGCGUGCAGGCCGCUCCACAAUUGAGUGGAGACGAUCUGAUCGAAUCCGAAUGGGCCACAGCAAAACCCUACGACAGCAUUCCCGGACCAAACAUUUGGAAGAUGGUGACCGGUUUUAAGAAAGGCGGACGUUACGCGGAUCUGAGCUUGGUCGAUCUGCACGGCCGGUUACGGGAUGAUUUUGGACCAAUCAUCCGUAUUCCGGGUAUGAUGGGUCGAAAGGAUGUCGUGAUGAGCUUCAAUCCAGAGGAUUUCGAAAAGGUUUUUCGCACGGAAGGAGCCUGGCCCAUAAGGCGUGGUCUGGACUCAAUGGCGUACUACCGGCAGAAGCUGCGACCAGACGUGUUUGGUGAAAUGGGUGGUUUAGUGACGGAGCAGGGCGAAAGCUGGCAGAAAAUGCGCACGAUCGUGAAUCCCGUCAUGAUGCAGCCCAAAACAAUACGGUUGUACGUGGAUCAGGUGGAUGAGGUGGCUCGUGAGUUUUUGGAAAUUGUGGCUGGUUUAAGGGACUCAAAACAAGAGCUGCCGGGAGAUUUUGAUCAAUGGAUAAAUCGUUGGGCUCUGGAGACGAUGGGUGUGCUAGCAUUGGACACCAGGUUCGGGGUCUUGAAGACGGAACAAACUGAGGAAGCGAAAAAGAUUCUGGCGCUGGUAAGAAACAUCUUCGAUUUGAGUUAUAAACUGGAAGUACUACCGUCGAUGUGGAAGUACUACAAAACGCCAACAUUCAAAAACUUGAUGACAACAUUCGAUGAACUGACAGACAUAAUUAUGGCCAAGGUAGAUGAUGCUGUUAAGAGAAUAGAAAAGCAUCCAACUGCCGAAGGGAACCAGAGUGUCCUGGAGAAGCUGCUAAAGAUCGACAAACACGUUGCCGUGAUUAUGGCGUUAGACAUGCUAAUGGCUGGAAUUGAUACCACAUCUUCCGGCUCGAUGGGUAUGAUGUACUGUUUGGCCAAGAAUCCCGACAAGCAGACGAAACUGCGAGACGAGCUGCGCACAAUCAUGCCAAACAAGGAUUCACCACUGACGGCGGAGAAUAUGCGCAAUCUACCAUACCUUCGCGCAUGCAUCAAGGAAGGAUUGCGACUGUUUCCCCCGGUUGUCGGUAAUUUCCGCGCAACGGGCCGCAACAUUGUGCUGCAAGGAUAUCGUAUUCCGAAGGAUACGGACGUCGGUAUGGGUUCUUUGGUGUUGCAGCACGACGAAACGCGAUUCACUCGGGCUAAGGAAUUCCUUCCGGAACGUUGGCUUGCUGAGCGCGAGGCCGACAUUCCCAGUGGCAAGGACGCUAACCCGUUCAUUUUCCUGCCGUUCGGAUUCGGUUCUAGGAGCUGCAUUGGUAAGCGAUUGGCCAUGAUGGAGAUGGAAAUCAUUACGGCGCGCCUCAUUCGCAAGUAUGAAGCACGGUGGAACUAUGAGGAUUUCAAAAUACGCGCCACACUUGUCAAUAUUCCGUCGAAUCCACUGCGGUUCGAGUUGAAAGAGGUGGAUCACUAAGUAGUGUUUUUUUUAAAAGGUAUUUUAUUUUAAAACGAAUCGAUGUACAUGAUAUUGACUUUUAAAUAAACGUAUCAGUUAUAGUGACUUUGCAUA